CGGACCAGCUCAGACGGAAAACCCUGACAGACAGCAAGCCAGGCAGAACGUAGUCCCGCUACCUGCCCGCUUCACCUCAUCGGCAUCAAUAUUAUUGUUUUGAUGACGUAACCCGAGACAAAAACAGAUAAAAAAAAUUCACCGACGCCAUUCACAGCGGGACACCUGGGAUGGAGUGACACGGCUUCCUCCGGGCGGACUUUAAACAUCUCCGGAGCCUUCUCACCGGCGCAUCCACGGUUUCUUUCGGCAGCUUUUAUUCCGUCUUAUGGCCACCUGUUACCGUCAGGUUCAGACCUGCAGACAGCCUCGCCGCGGAUCUUCAGAAAACCUCCACCAAGCUACAACUGAUAUGGCCAGAGCACAGACCAUACAGAGCGCUGGAGAAACCCCUGCUGGAGGAAACUCCUCUCUUCCAUGUCACAACACCUGCCGAGUGGAGCUGCCUUGCCCCCUCCACACCUGGCCUGGGAUGCUCAAUAGUACGACCACCACCCCCUCCUCCUCCGGGACCAGCACUGGUGCCAUACACAUCCACCACUAUCACCAUCACCACCAUCACCUGCAGCCCAUGCAGGCUCUCUAUGUGUCGUACCCGCUCUCGUACUCCCACCCAGACGACAACGACGACCCACGAGUUCACCAGCAGUUACCCGCAGCAUCGCCUCCCAACCGGAGGGAUUUGAGGUGCAGAGGUGCACCUGCACCCGGUGACAUCUCAGGAGAGCGUUCAGACUCGAGCAGACGGGAGCUCCAGCAGCCCUCCAGCCGGCUGCGACCUCAGUCUAACAUGUUGCCCCGAAAUGAGCGGCCAUCCUGGGCUUCGCCUCGCCGCAGAGCUCCUGGGGGAGAAGCAGUGCAGGAGCAGGAGAUCAGGAGGGUGGCGAACCAGCUGAGGACAAUUGGAGAUGAGCUGAACGUCACGCUCCUCCGCAGAGCGCACGGCGGCCCUCACUGGCACGACUUCAGAGACGUCUGCCGAGGACUCCUCAGCUUCAUCACCCAGACUCUCAGCACUCUGUACAGGCUCACAUAGACUUGCUGUAGCGAACAAGACAACCCGGACUGGCUGCUGCUCUUCAUCGUCACUCACACCUGGAGGUGUGACUGAAAACAUCUGUUGAACAAAAGAGGCGUUGGGAAGAUGAAAGCGGCAGCUGGAUCGGGCUGCUCCCUGUGGAAACUGGACCCUGCCUGUCCAUCUGACUGCCUGUCAGUCAGUCCGUCAGCCCGUCUGCUGGUACGGACCGCUGCUGACGGACUGACCUGUAUAUUUUGUAAAGUUUUUUUUUUUUUUUUUCUCCAUGUCGUGUCUCGGGGCUCAGCUCUUUAUGUAGCAGGUGUGACUCAGCUCGUGUGAGUCGGAGUGUAUGUGUGUGUGCACACAUGGAAGAUGUGGGUCAAACAGAAGCUGUGAGGUCCUUAGAAAAAGUUUAAAGCCACUAGAAGUGUAUGAGGUAUGUGAACCUCUGAGCCUUAGCCCUAAUUCUAACCCUGUGCUGUCAGAGUUUGGGAUUUUUGAUGCUCUUCCAGGGUUAAAGUACAGAAAUGAUAUUUAAAAUUAGGAUGGUAAAUCUUUUGAUUUUAAUAUCAGCUGGAGGAUGCAAAAUCAUUUCAGUUUCAAUAGACUGCAUCUCUCCAGCUCUUCCCUCUGAAUAUAUAAAAAAUUGUGUUUUUCUGCUGUGGCGUUCAGCAUUAGAGGACUGUUUCUAUGGCACGAUUUGACCCUCGUCUGAUGUGUGCGUGUUGCCGUUGUGUCUUUAUCGUGCAACCUGUGUCCCUCUUCUUCUUAUAAACUGUGAAAACUGGGCGCUGUGGUUGCAUCGCAGGGAAAAACAAAACGAAACAAAGUCGGGUGUUAUUCCGCUACGGAGCGAAGCACAGACCGAACCUUUCUCUCAAUCUGCUUCAUGUCAGUGUACAAUGUGCCUUUCUGCUUGGCGCUCUGUUGAGGUCUAAUCUCCAACACCAGGACAAUCAGCCCCACACACACACACACACACAGACACACACACACACACACACACAGACUGAAUAAAACACACUUAAUGUUGGAGUGGCUCGUUCGCAGUCACUGGAUUCGAGCAUUCACAUUACAUUCAAACGUUCCAGCUUCACUCGCUCGCCCGCCUGUGUUGACAGUGUUCAUAGUUACUUGAUCAACUGUAAAUAUUAUUUUGGAAGAUGAAACUUAUCCCAAUCCAAAGGUUUGGAUGAACCUUAGUGGAGAGUUGGAACAUGUUUUGGUUUUUUAUGUUGUAACUGUAGAGCAAGUCUGAAUUUAAAUCCAGUGGAUUUGGGAAGAUAUUGCGUCAGCAAAAGAGAAAUAUAUGAUUUGGAUCUUUAUGAUUGUUGGAAAGUAUUCGAUGAUGUUUGUCAGGUGAGCCCUUUGGUUGUGGGAUUAUUUUCAUUGUAGUUUAAAGGGGGGGGGGAGUCGAUUGCUCGUAUUAAGAGCAUAAUUUAUUUUGAAAAGUAGCCUAGCUGUAGCAUGGUUUUUGUUUGGGUUUUUUUAUGUUAUUGUUAUUUUUUUUUCACACAUUCCUGAUCAAAAACUUUAAUUUAAGCGCUACUUGAGUUGUAACAGUUAAAAAACAGACUGAUUUAGAAAUCACCCACAGUGAAAACACUCUCAUUCAUGCAGAAACACUCUCAGCGGUACUGUGUUAGAAAGCAUUACAAACGGCCUCACUCACAUUCUGUUCUCUGCUGUCUUUGGCCAUGAAGCAAAUGUGAAAAAUGAGAUGUGAGGAGCAUUACUGAACCAUGUGAAAGCCACAUUUGUGAAUAUGAAAUGAGAUGGGGAAGAAAUGGUACCAAAAAGUUUCCCUUUAGCCUCUUUUAAAGCACAAAGAAGAAGAAAUCAGCCGUCGCAGGCUCAUAGCAAUACUCAGUGUUUAGCAGCUUGAAUCGACUGGGCCGAACCAAACGGACGCCGAAUCGUCAGUGCGGUUUUUCUUUAUAAAUUUAUUUCCAAAACCGUGUGAUUUCUGUUUUUAUUUGACAGCUGUAGUGCUGCUGGUGCUACACAUGCUCAAGAAUGCAGAUUGAUGUACUGUAACGUACUUUGGAUUAAAGUGCCCACUUAUCCUUUUUCAUUUUAUUUCAGGAAACGUGGGGCCUUUCAGCCUGUCUGAAACGCCGCUCUCACUCGGCCUUAGCCACGCCGUUUUCUACGUUUUUAGCACAGGGCCUUGUUUUUAAGACUUUUGGAAGCCUUUGUGUCAUAAUGAUACCCCAGCCUGUAGAAGUUCAGCUGACACUGAGCUGAGCAGAGAUUAAAUCGCUCGCUCCGUAGACUCUCAUUCACAGCCUGUAUAUUUAUAUUUGUCCGGCCUUUUGCUCGCAGUGCUUUUAGCCGUGUUUGCCGUCAUCAGAGCUGCCGGUGAACUCUGAGAGCUCACAGCUGAUGUUUCUCCUGGUUUAGCGCUCGCCUCUUUCCAACCAGCAAAGCUCAGUGUCGGUCGGCCAGUCACAUGCAGUUUGUAUUUGCUGUUUUCAACUUUUUUCUAUUGUAAAAUUUCUACAUGAAUUUUGUACUUUUUUUGUUUUUAUACAAUAAA